AUGAACCUCCGCCAAAUAAACGCCCACAACCUCUCCACCUUCCGCCACCACUAUGUCUCCGAGAUCUCCGGCUCCCUCGGUGACCUGGGCACAUUCCUCCCCAUCGCCAUCGCCCUAGCGGUCAAUAACACCGUCUCCCUCUCCAGCACGCUAAUCUUCUCCGGCCUCUUCAACAUCCUCACCGGCGUCUUCUUUGGCAUCCCCCUUCCUGUCCAACCCAUGAAAGCCAUUGCUGCCGUCGCCAUCGCCCGCAGCUUCACAAACGGCUCCAUCGCCGCCGCCGGCCUCUUCGUCGCAGCCUUCAUCCUCCUCUUCAGCAUAACCGGACUCCUCACACGCUUCGCCAACGCCAUCCCCAUCCCCAUCAUCAAAGGAAUCCAAGUCGGCGCCGGUCUCUCCCUAAUAAUCGCCUCCUGCAACUCCCUCCUCAGCAACCUCUCCUGGCUCUCCCCAUCCUGGGCCGACAACCGACUCUGGGCCCUCGCCGCAUUCUGCUUCCUCCUCUCCACCACCGUCUACCGCACCGUCCCCUACGCCCUCCUCGUCUUCCUUCUCGGCCUCCUCUUCGCCAUCAUCCUCGCCGCCCUGGCCUCCGACCUCCCCUCCCUCUCCCUCUGGCACCCCUACACCGUCCUCCCCACCCCCUCAGACUGGUCCACAGGCAUCCUCGACGCCGGAAUCGGCCAAAUCCCCCUAACAACACUCAACUCCAUCGUCGCCGUCGUCCACCUCGCCCAUGAUCUCCUCCCCACCCACACCAACUCCUCCCACCUCAACGUCACCUCCAUCGCCCUCAGCGUCUCCGCCAUGAACCUCCUCGGCUGCUGGUUCGGCGCCAUGCCCGUCUGCCAUGGCUCCGGCGGCCUCGCGGCCCAGUACCGCUUCGGAGCGCGUUCCGGUGCCAGUAUUAUCUUCCUGGGUGUGUUUAAGCUCGUGAUCGGCGUGUUCUUUGGUGAGUCGUUGGUCGGGUUGUUGAAGCGGUUUCCGACGGCUUUGCUAGGUGUUAUGGUUAUUGCGGCGGGAAUGGAGUUGCUUAGUGUGGGCGAGAGCUUGAAUACGACGGGCGCGAGGGAUAUAAGGAAGGCGGUUGCGGGUCAGGCAGGGUUGACCGGGGAGGAUUUGGGCCCUAUGUUGAGUGAUUUUGAGAGGAAGAAGAGGUGGAUGGUUAUGAUGGUUACGGUGGGACUGUUGGUUGGGUUUAAGAAUGAUGCUGUUGGGUUCUUGGGAGGCUUGUUGUGUCAUUGGGCUUUUGGCAUUCCGGCCGUGGUGGAGUGGGGGGCGAGGAGGUGGAGAGAAGGGAGAGUGAGGUUGGAGUAG